GCUUAAUUAAUUGCCUAAGUGUAUUUCUAUCCGCUGCUACGUUACAAAGCUCGUGCGUGUCGCGUAACCUAUUGACCAACAGAAUAAAAUUAAACGACCAAAACGACAGACAAAGCUACGCUACGGUCGUUACUGGCAAAGUACGCUGUGGAACGGCCAAUGCAGAAUUUUGUCAUACGCGAGUAUUUUUUUUUCGCGUUCAGUUUAGGUUUUAGUUACCUGCGCGCAACAACCCCGUCGCCUUAGUCGCUGAGUUUCAAAUUCUAAAACCCGAACAUAUUACAAAGUGUGCAUUGCAUGAGCAAUAGUACGGUUCCGUGUUGUAAUUUAAUAAACUCUCAAUCGUGUAAAUAAGCGAAAGCAGCUGCUACAGUAUAUUAUACUCUGCGUUUGUUUAAGGCGCAAGUCUUUAAAUAGUUGUAUUUGUUCUCUCUCGUUUGUUUGUUUACUGCAAACGGGUAGCAGUUAAAGUUGCUCCUCGUUGGUGCUGUUGUUUGUUUGUUUUCUUUGUGAUUGGAGUUGCAAGAAUACGCGGCACGCUGGAGAAACAAAAUAAACGCUCCCAGCUCAUACGCGACAAGAUGGUGUUGGCCGAGCGCAACACCGGAGACAUAGUCCGCAAUGGCCGUCGCUCACGUGGACCCAGCCCCAAUACACAUCAGAGCGGCGGUGGCAGCGCUGCUACUGCUGCCGCAGCCGCUGCUGCUGGGCAUGGCCACAAUGCUGGCGGCUUGGGGGUAGGUGGCAACUCUGUUAAUUCAGGCAACGCAAAUGAGAAAGCCGCAGCUGCUGUCACAGGAGCUGGCACACCCGAGAGCUCCGACGAUGAUAACUCGACCAAGCGAAAUGGCAAGUCCAAGGCGAAGCAAUCUGAAUAUGAAGAGAAAAUCCGUGUUGGUCGUGACUACCAGGCUGUGUGUCCACCGCUAGUGCCUGAGCUGGAACGUCGUCCAGAACUGAUGAAUGAGCGUGCGCUGCUAGUGUGGUCUCCCACCAAAGAGAUACCCGACAUUAAACUGGAGGAAUAUAUUUCGGUGGCCAAGGACAAGUAUGGCUACAAUGGCGAACAAGCUUUAGGCAUGUUAUUCUGGCAUAAGCACGAUUUGGAACGCGCUGUCAUGGACUUGGCUAACUUUACGCCUUUUCCCGACGAAUGGACCAUGGAGGAUAAAGUGCUGUUCGAGCAAGCCUUUCAGUUUCAUGGCAAGAGCUUUCAUCGUAUACGCCAAAUGUUGCCGGAUAAAUCGAUAGCCAGUUUGGUCAAGUAUUAUUAUUCGUGGAAGAAGACGCGUCAUCGCAGCAGCGCAAUGGAUCGACAGGAGAAAAUGUUAAAGGCCGCUGUCAAGGACGGCUCCGAGAAUGGCAGCGAGCUAGGCAGCAAUGAGGAAUCCGAUAACGAUAACGACAAGAAGGCCCAUAACAAUAAUGGCGGAUUGCCAGGCAGCAAUGGAAGUGCCAACAACAACAGCAGCAAUGCAUCUGGGGAUAACGGAAAUAACAAUGGCGGCGGAAGCAGCAGCGGCAGUGGCGUUGGCGCGGGCAGCGGCAGCAAYGGCAAUAACAACAACAGCAUUGAACUGGAUGCCGAGCAGCUGUGCAUCUAUACGAAUGCCUUGAGCGAUGAUAUGCUCGGCUUUAGCCUGCCCGGCUUUGGUCUGACCAUCGAUAAUGGCAUCGAGUUUGAUAACGAUAUCAACAAUCACAAUGCUGGCAACACUGGCAACAGCAACGGCAGCGGCCGGCGCGUCGUUGUGGGCGGUUUUUGCAAAAAUUGCAACGUUGUCUGCUACAUAUUGUUCGAUUCGCCAUUGGGUCGCAUGUGCAAAAGUUGUCACACGCACUGGAGACGCACUGGGAAUCGACGCCCGAUCUCUGGUCCGGAUAGCGUCGUGUCCUCCAAACGUUCCGCACACAACAACAACAACAACAGCAAUAGCAAUACUAAUAAUACGAACAAUAAUAAUAACAAUGCCAACAACAAUAAUAACAACAACAACAACAACAACACUGCCGCUGCGGCGGAUCGUUCCAAGCGGAAACCGCCGCGUGGCAUGUAUAUCAAUCACGACGAUCUCACCGCCCUGGCCAGCUGCAAAAAUCCGUGCGAAUAUCUAGCCGAAGGCGAUCGCAAAAUAGCCGCCCUCAUGGCCGAAAUACAAAAGAAUAGGCAACUAUUGGAGCAGCUGGAAAAGGACUGCAACGAUGGCCAGCAGAUGGAUGAGGCCGCUGCCGCAGCCGCAGCCGCCGCAGCAGCCAAUGCUCAGCCAACGCGCAUUUCACCACGUUGGACAAGUGAUGAGAACAAGGUAGUUUUGCUCGCCCUGCGCGACUAUGGCAAGAACUUUCAGAUGAUCGCCAAGGUGGUUGGCACCAAGACGGAGGCGCAUGUGCGCACCUACUACUUAAACAAUCGACGACGCUAUAAUCUAGACGAGAUCGUUAAGGAAUAUGAAGCCAAGGCGGAGGAGGCAUUGCUCGAGGAGCAAGGCUCUGAGGCAGCAGCAGCAGCAGCAGCAGCUGCAUCAGCGACAGGAGCUACUCCACCAACAGCAGCAGCAGCAGCAGCAGCAGCAGCAGCGGCAGCAACUGUUGCCAGCUCCUCCAGUGAGGCGGGCGAGGAUAAAAAAGAUGAGAUUGCCAAGAAGAAGUCGGACUUGAGCACUGACGGCAGCUCGGCAGCAGCAGCAGCAGCAACAGUUGCUGCCUCAGCUGCAUCUGGCGCAGCAGCAACAGUUGCUGCAGUAACUGGCGCAGCAACUGCUGCGGCUGCUGCUGUUAGUAAAGCCACGCCCACUAUAACAAUUGUCGACGAAUCGGAUACGGCGACCAACUCCUCGAGCAGCGAUGCAGUUCAAAUAGUUGCCAAUUCUGUAUCCACCUCAACGCUGUCCAGCAACAGCAGCAGCAACAAUAACAACAACAACAACAACAACAGCAGCAGCAGCAGCGCCGCGCCCGCCAAAACAGCGACUAACAACAAUCACAACGAAUCGGCCGACAGCCAGGACUCGCCCCUAACGCUCAAGUCAAGUCACGUUUCAGCCGCAAAGCGUGACAAUUCCGAAUUGAACACUGCCGAAAUGCCGCCAGCCAAGAAAAUGGCACUCGCCGUUGAGUUUCUGGCCAAGUGAGAGUCACGCCCAUAUGCAAAGAGAAAGAGGCGUCCCCCUCGUUGGAUGGCUGAAAAUAACUGAUGAUGCCUGAUCAGCAGGCGGCAUACAUAUAUAUGUAUG